UAAUCGAUAAUACAAAGUAGAAUUGUAGUCACAUUUAACAUUCAAAUAUGGCGAAUAUUGGUAGCCAUGUUUGUAAGGGCGAUCACUAAAGCAUGAGCAAGCGUGAGUCAGUUUAUGCAAUAAAGGUGGGGAAGUGUGGUGAGAUAUUAUUUGCUUCAUAUGUACGACCGAUUGAAAUUUAUUGUUUUCUAUUUUAACGUCAUAUUUCUAUAGAUUUUAAUAAACAAUAUUUCAUAAACGUGUAGUUAUAAGUUCAACGUGUGUUACGCAGUUUUAGAUUGACGCGUAAUUAACCUUACUUUUUCAUCGUAAGAUAAGUUUUACUUACAAGUUAUCUUUUUUGAUAAUUACGAAUGGACUCCUUUAGUUAUCUACGUUUUGAGGGUAAGUUUAAGAAUGGCUAUUGACUUAUCGAGUGGUUGUAAUGAAGCUAUAGAAGUUUUGGACGAGAGAGAAGAAGGUGAAAUAUCUUUGGAAGAUGUAAGUUCCUCCGAAGAAGGACAUCUCAGUUACGGAUAUGGGAAUAAAACUGGAAGAUGUAUUAAUUGUCUUUCCACUCAGCAUUGUACGUCAUGGUGUACUUCUACUAAAUAUUAUCAUACGAAGAGUUCCAAUAGAAAAGAUACAGUUCAAGAAAAGGAAAAUCGUCAUUAUGCAAAAGAUUCAGGAUCUGCAGGAAUUAAACAUAGCUCUUCUACGCUACAAGAAAAGAAUGACGAUCUUGUACCUAUUUCUAGCGAUAGUGAUAUGGAGAUUGUUGGUCUUAUGGAUAAUUCUAAACAAAUACAUUCUCUAUCAAGAUCAAGAAGUAAGAAAAAGAAAAAGAAGGAAAGAACCCAUGGAUCUAGUAUCAAUGAUGAUUUUGUUUCUUCUUCUUCCAUCGAUAUAACUGCAGGAGAGACUACAUUAAAACAUGAUAAUGACAAUUCUAAAGGAGAUCGUUUGUCUAGAUCUCAUCGUAGAGAUUUAAGUCCAUUGCAUAGGAGCGUUAGAUCAAGAUUAUCUACAAAAUCUCCUUCCAGAAGAUAUAGAGCAUCUAUGUGGUUCAAAUUGCCUCUUAGGAAAUCAAAAUCACCAGUCAUGCGUAGUAGAUCACCUGUGUUAAGAAGAUCUCCUCAUAGAUCUCCGCACCGAUCAUCUACAAGAACGAUAUCAAAAAAGAUGUCGAAAAACGAACAAUUGCCUUCAUCUAACACUUGUACUGACAAUGUGUAUGGUAAUGUAAAUAAGCUAUUAAAGAAAAUAAGACAUAUAGAUUCUGUAAGAAUUCGAGCACAAGAAGGAAAUAUUAAAAAUAAAGAACACUGUUCGACAUUGAAAGAAAAAUUAUCAAAUACGAUGAAAUGUAUGUCAGACAAUAAUGGCAAUGUAACAAAUUGUACCAAAGAGAAGACAGUUACGUGCGUGGAAAUAAAUAAUGAUGCCGACGAUGAAGAGGAUUUAGCAUUAUUAAGACAAAAAGCAUUAGAAACAAAGCAAAAACGUAAUGAUAAAAACAAUGAACAAAGCAAAACAGAACUUGAAAAUAAAAUUACCACUUAUGACGAUGAUCACAAUGAAGAAGAUUUAGAAUUGCGUAUGAUAGCAUUACGUUCUGCUGUACUGAAGAAAUAUCAAAAUGAAGUACAGCGAAGUGUAAAGACUAAAAGAUAUGAUAGCUCUACUAUUUCUCAUAGUAAAAGUCCAUUUACUCAAAGCUUUUUGGAUAGUAGUAUACCUAUACCAAGUGAAAAACGUGUUGAAACACCACCGAUUACUCAAAUGUUUCCUGCUUUAAAUGAAAAUACACAUACUGAAGAUAUGGAGCUAGAUACUGAUAUUGAACAGGAAAAAGAAAAAUUACCAUAUUCUCCAACAGAUAAUAUUACUAUAGAUAUACCCUUAGACACAGAGCUUUUAGGGAUACAACCAUCUGAUGUUUCGUUUAUUAAUCUUAACAAAAUUAGUAGUCCACCUUUCGAUAAUACAAAUAAUCAAUUGGAACACAGAGCUGUACGAACAGGAAUUAUUGAGAACAAAAGCUAUUUAUCAAAUAUGAUGAACAAUACAAGUACUGAAAAUACGUUUUAUGACAUGAAUCCUGAUGCUCCUUAUUCUCCGUCUGAUUCCAUUGAAACUAGCAAAUCUGAUGUUAUUGUUACAAAACCAUGUCAUGAAUCUAUAUCUACCUCUCAAUUUAAUGACAUGCAUUGUAAUAUGAUGAAUGACAUAUCCACUAAUGAAACUUGUAUCGCAAUGGAUAUUAGUACAGGUCAAGAGAGACCUUAUUCACCGACUGAUGCACCUAUAUACGAUCUUGAUUUAUCGCAAACGCUUUCAUUAAUACAAACAUCUCAUUUUUCAAAUAAUUCUAAUUUAACAUCCGCGCAGAUGAUGUACGAUACUUACGGAAAUUCGAAUAUAUUAAAUAUGCACGAAAAAUCACAGUUGCAAUAUUCAGCUACAGGAGAAAAUGUAGAAGUUGAGAGUUUUAUUACAAGAAAACAAACCAAUUCUCCUCAUUUCUUUGAAGCUGAUUCUAUAUCUCCUAUUGAUUCAAUGUUAACAAUUGAUGAUAUUCCAAAUACAGAUAUUAUUAAACCAAGUACACCAAUAUCUACAUCUCUGAAUUCGGAAAAUACAGAAAGUAUGUUAAAUAAUCCUAUUCAUAAAAUAACGAAAAUUGCUGAAGAACCACUCUAUAUGCAUGGUGUUCCAGAUGUUACUAAAGAUAUAAAUAAAAUUCCUACUCUUAUCAAUAGAACAUUAGUUCCUGCAACAAUUCUAAAAUCGAAUAAACAGCUGCAACAACCAUUGCCUACAAAGAAACAUGAAAAUCAUGUUGAACCAACAUUCAAAAGUGCCGAAAUGCAACCAAUUCCUAUUGAUUUCAAUGUCAAUACAAAAUUAAGUACUCAGUUCAAACCUAUGAAGCUUACAUCUGUUAUAAAAAAACCGCAAACAAUAUUAACUACACCUAUAGCAUUCCAAAGUUGCUUGAAUGAUGAGAGUACAAGUAACGUAAUAGAGGAUGCAUUUGUUACUCCAUCCAAAGAACAUGAAACUAGUUCUUUAAAAAAUAUUUCGUUAGUAAAUUCAAAAAAGGCUGUUUUUAUUAAUAAUAUAGAUUUAGUGCCUAAGAAAAAGAAGCGUACAAGGAGAUUUAGGCGAAGAAAUAAUGUUACUCAAAAUAUUAAUAUUAAAACUUCUAGUGAAAAUGUAGAGAAAUCAGAGCAUGAUUCAGGUGCACCAGAAGAAACAAAUAAAACUAUGAUGAAUACAGAAAGUGGAUUACCAUGUAGUGAUAUUCAUGAAAAACAAAAAAAUAUAUCCGAUGCUACAGUUCUUGCUGAUUUCGACAAUGUGAAAUUAACAAAAUUGAGUCAAGAAAGUAAUUCAUUGUUGAUAUUGGAUGAAAAUUCUGGAAAAAACUCUGUAAAAAGUAAAGCUUCAUUUUCAUGUAAUGAAAUACAAAAGGAUAAUAUUGUACAACAUUCUACAAAUUUAGAGAGUAAUAUUAGUUCAUCACUUAAGAUAAUAAAUGAUCACAUAGCAGUGGUUACAAAUAGAAGGCCAAGUUUAGAUGAAGAUGAAGAAGCUUUAAGAGCAAGUUUAUUAGCGUCUUUAGCAAAACGCACAAAAUCUUUAGAUACCAAUUCUUGCAAUGCAUCGUUGAUUACCACAACUGCUACUUUGUCUUGUGUUAGUACUGUACCAUCUGUACAGAAAACACAACAAAUGGAUACAGGAACACCACCACUUACGCAUCAAAUAGUUCAAAAUGAUACUACACUUCAUUCAUUAACACAAUCUGCAUCUGCAUAUAAUUCCGGAGAUGAAAAAAAUCACACAUACACUGUGCCAGUAUCAUCUGCUGAUGUAAAAGAAAAUAGUAUUGGCAUUAGUACUGAUACGUCUUCUUGUUCGUUAUUAAUAAAUUCUAGUAAGAAAAGACCACUUCCUUUGUUAAAAGGGCCAUCAAAAAAAUUUCUUAAAAAAGUCUUAAUUCCUGCAAGUACAAAAGUUGUAAAUAAUGCUAAAAAAUACCAAAAUGCAGUAGUUCAAAAGAGAUUAAUUUUACAAAAGGCAAUAUCUAAUUAUAAUGCUGAGAAAUUAAUAGAUAUUAAACCAAUUGCUAGUGUAAAGUCUUGUGAAAAUAAAUGGACAGGCAAUACAAAAAUCAUAUCUUCAGAUACGCAACGUAUUGUGAUAAAUUUAGGAUCUGACACAGAGAGCGAUUCAGAACACGAACGACUCAAAGCUAUCCCUAUGUCAAAUUCAAAUAAAUUAGAAAAACGUCCGAUUUUAACAAUACCUACGACAGAGUUUGAAAAAAGCGUAGAUCAAUUUUUAAGAGAUGUUAGAAAGAAACAGGAAACUGCAGCAGCAAAUAAACAAACUAUUCCUUUACAUAAUGUAACUAAAAAGAAUUUAUCAUCUGUUACAUCUGCAGAAAGUAAAAUUUCUCCUACUGUUCAUACACCCUUGGCAGUACGACAUCUUCCAGUAUCGAAGCAAGAAGAGUAUCGUCGUUUGAAACAACAAAUUUUAGAACGUGAGAUACUAAAAUUGCAGAGAUCAGUAGAAAUUGGUACUUCUAAGAAAAUAAACAAUUUUAAUACGUUACAUUCCACAACAUCCGAUAAUUCAAGCAAAGAAUCAUUACCAUCAUAUAAAGAGAAUCCAAAUGUACUUGGGAAAUUUUCAAAUCUAAACCUACAGAUAUCUGUAAAAAAUAAUAAUGAAAGAAAUAUCGAAGUUAAAAAGAAUAAAAAUUCCUCAACGUCUUCGACUAUUCUAAAUUCUGCAGAUAAGAACAAUUUUGGAAAACAAAAUGAUGCAAAUUUUAUAUCAAAUUCCAAAAAAGGAUCUCUACAAAUUACUUUAAAUCCUAAUGUACGAAUCUCUAAUGAAGAAGCAUCCAAUCAAAAUAAUAAAAAAUUGAAAACAAUAGAAAGUAAUGUUGCUUUGAUAGAUACGACAAAGUCAGUAUCUGAAAAUACAAUGGGUCUGCAAGAUACAGGAAAAUCUAAAAUAACAACUGCUUCAUUGAAAGUAUUAACUAAAGACGAAGUAAAUCAUAGACUUGUUCAAAUUCAAGUAAAACAGCACGAGCCUGAUCAGGUAAUAAUAAUAGAUAACAAGACAGAUUUAUCUGAAAGAACAGACUUAGUACAUAAUAAAAACAAACAAGGUAUUGAUGCAAAUAAAGAUGAAGAUAAAAUUUGUAUUGAACCUGAUCAGGAUCACACUAAACAACAUAAUGAAAUGGACAAAGCGAACAAUUUAAAUACCAAUUGUAUAUUCACGGAAAAAAAUGAAAAAGAAGCAGAUGUAAGCCAAAAUGAAAUAAUUAUCGAUGACAUAAAUAGUUCGAGUAUGUUAAAUAUGAAAUUAUCAAUAGAACAUGAGAAUGUACAAAAUAAAAAAACUACAGAGAAAAAUCAAUUAUUAGUUACAUCUGUGCAAGACAAAGUGGAAGAUAAUACAAAUUUGAAUUUAUCGAAUAUUGAAAGCAGCAAUGAAAGUGAUUUAUUGACAUCAAAUAAAAUAGAAACAAAUAAAGUAGCAAAUGUUGAGGAAUUAAAUGAAAGUAUAACAAAGGAUGUUACUAUAGAAUUAAAUUCUCUUGUUAAUCUUCCAAAGAUGGAGCAAGUACGACAUUUAAUGGAAACAGAACAUAAAUUAGUUAUGAAAAGGUAUAUGGUCUUAGACAAUCUUGCUGAAAUGUCAGGAGAUUUACGUCAAUGGGAUAUGGAGAGAGAUUUACAAACAAAUUUUGUAGAAGAAGUUAAAAAAUUAAGAGAACAAUUAAAAAUUGCAGAAGAAAAGUUACGAAUACAUCGUAAUAGAAUUAAUAGUAUAGGUCCAAAAGUAAUGGAUGCGCAUGAGAAAAUUAACAAUGGAAGACGAGAAUGUUUCAAAUUAUCUAGAAUUUGUAAAGUUUUAGGUUCCAAAGUUGUAGGACAGGAUUAUAAAGUACCUCAGGCCGGAGCAGAUCUUUUAGAUAAUAAGUUAAAAGAAGUUGCAAGUCAUACACGACAACUUUCCAAAAAGAAAGUUCCUUCCAUUCAUAUAUCUGAAGUUUAUGAAGAAGUUGUUCCGCUGAAAAAAGAAUCUGGACCUAAACCUAUAGAAAGUGAAAUACCAGCAUUUGAAAAAUCUUUUACAACAGAACAACAGAAUGACAAUCAUAAUGAGAAUAAUAAUAUGAUUGCAUUGAAAGAUGAAGAUAAUAUAUUAACAUCAAUGAAUACUCAAGUAUCAUCGGAUCAAGAAGACGAAGAAGAUGGAAGAGAUAUUUCUUCAUGUGAAACAAAUGAUACAAUCAAGCACGAUCAUUAUUACAAUAGAACAACGACAGAAGUAGUAUCGUGCGUAAAUAAUAAUCCUGCCAAUAAAGAAGAUUGUGAUAUUACUCAGUGUAUAGAAACAGGGGAAAUAAUGUUAAAAGAAGAUAAUUAUCAGAAAAAGAAAACUAUCGAGCCUUAUGUUUCGAUGUUGUCACAUUUGAAAGUAGCAAGGAACGUGAAUCCCAAUGGAGUGCUUUGUCCAUACGAACUAAUGGGAACUUGUAACGAUGGAGAUUGUCAAUUCGUUCAUCAAUCUGUCAUGUUUUGUAGCCAUCAUAUGGACCGAAACACAUUAGGAAUACAAGACUAUAUUGAUCCUGACGCGGUACAUUCUGAUGAUCCAAGUAGAAGCAACGCCCGAAGAUGGGCUUUACUAUUAUCUGGCUGCCGAAGGGAAAGCCUAUAGCGUUGCAAGCAAACUGCAUUGCGGUCUGCUGCAGAUGCAGAGGGUCAAAGCACGAAGUCGGUUCUCAGAAGUAGUGGCAGCAAGGGAACAAGAAUACCAGAGGAAAAAAAAUGUCUUUAAGGUCAUUAAGAUGACAAAGAUCAGCCCGUGGAAAGUUACUAGGGUAGAUGAAUAGAUCCAUAUAAGAAUCAAUAGGAUGACCAAUAGGAUACAAAUUUUGAAGGAAGCACUUACUGUAUUUGCUUAUGUAGGAAAGAUGGAUAAUGGUUUAAUAAUUCGUGCAAGUAGAGCACGCUAAGGACAUUUAUGAUAGUCCCAAUAUAAUCCGCAGUUAGUUUUUUCAUUUUAUGAUGACCAAUCUCACCACGAAAUUAGAUUUAGAAUGUUGAGUUCAGUCCUGUUAUGCUUUCAAGAUUUUAGAGCUAAACUAAGAUUUAACCCUUUGGACUUCAAAUAUUUUCUGGGGAAAUAUGACAAAAUUACAAAUACUUAUGAAUUUAUUUAGUUUUUUCUUUCGUUUAAAUCUACUUUAUUCUAAUGAAUUUUAAUUUUAAAUUUUACAUUUUACAUUUUACAUUUGGAAAUUUUGCAUGCUAAUAUAUAUUUAGAAACAAUCGCCCAUUCUUGCCUUACUUGAUUACAGAUCAUAAUAGGAAUAUAUAUUCUCUGAUAAAAUCAAUCAAAUUUUUGUCAUUCAUUAUUUAACAUGUUGAUAUCGGCUCUGUAAUUUGUAUUUUACUGCAUCGGGCGGCAACAUUAAAUGCACUUUCCUAUACCGAGUGGUUCUACCUUAGACAUUGGAAAAUUACUUCAAUCGCUGAAGAUCUCAAUUAAAAAGUAGAAAUCUGGCGAAAAAAGAAAUUAUUUUUUAUCAUCAACAAAACCGAUAUCCAAAUCUAUAUUGUAAUGAGGCAUUGAUACAUGACACUUAUAGACAGGAGAAUAGCCAAAAUAUUCUUUGCGAUAAUGUCUUGUCUGUAUAUCUGUAGGUAUCUGUACGAUUAUGUUACGCUAAAUAUAAAUACGUUCAUAAAAAAUACAUUGUAUAAUAUUUGUUCACGUGGUUUGAACCACGUUACGUGCGUGGCAUGUAAAAUAUAAAUGUUUCAAUAUAAAUAUAAAUGUUUCUUGAAGCUUGAAGCCAUGUGUGGAUAUAUAAUUCAUGAAACUAUUUGUGAAAUGUUUAAUCGCAAAGAUAAAUAAAUAAGUAGAUGAAGAGUGUGACCGAAGAAAAAAAAAAAAUUAAUUUUUUACUUGUAUACAUUUAAUAUAUUUUAUUAUAUUUUCUUAUAUAUUUUUUGUAUGUAGUUCGAGAGAAUUGCUCUUUAUUCAAUGUGACAAACAAAAAUAAUAAAUUAAGCAAACAAAAAGAUUGAACAUUACUGUAUUAGAGCAUGGUUACUAUAAUUAUAUUUUUUUAUCUAUGAUUCAGAUCUGUAAUAGGUUAUUAUGUUCUAUUAAUUUAUAUUUUGUUCAAUGAGUGAGGACAGGAGCGUAUUCACGAACUUUAAAUGUUGUAACACUUUUCAAUUAGGAAUAUAAAUGGCACUAUAAAUAAAACAUAUUUUAAAUAAUUAA